AAUGGCUAAUGGCUAAUGGCUAAUGCUACUGGAUUGGGGCUGGCCCUCACCUCACCGCAUCCCUACGAAACGCGAGGCAAAGUGUACGACUCAUCACGCGAUUCAACAUUUCUCAGGAAAUCCACUGAAGUACCUCACUCUCCCCCUCCCUGCAACGGAGCUCUCCGGGUGCGAUUGCUGCACAUGGAGAGAACAUGGCCUGCCCGAUCCGACGGUUCUCCUUUCACCGCCCUCCCACCCAUCAAGAAAGAGUACCCCGUCCAUCACCGUCGCCUUUGGUCAACACCCUUUUCCUGUUCCUCGUCCUCGCUCUCGUCGGAGCGCUCGGAUCACCGUGACUUUUCGGCGCUGCCGUACGAUGUGAUGGCGAGGAUCGCAGCGACCUUUGCCCAUCUGAACCUGCAGACGGCGUCGUUGGUGUGCCGGUCGUGGAGGGACGCGCUCCGGCCGCUGAGGGAGGCCAUGCUGUUCCUUCGCUGGGGCAAGCGCUUCAAGCACGGCCGUGGCGGUGUGCGGCCCAAUCUCCAGAAGGCUCUGGACUCGUUCCUCAAAGGGGCGGCGCGUGGCUCCACGCUGGCGAUGGUCGAUGCGGGACUCGUCUACUGGGAGAUGGGCAAGAGGGAGGAGGCGAUUACGCUUUAUCGAAGGGCUGCGGAGCUCGGUGACCCCGUUGGCCAGUGCAAUUUGGGGAUUUCGUACCUGAAAGCUGAACAACCAAAUCCAAAGGAGGCUAUUAAAUGGUUAUGUCAAGCUUCUGUUAAUGGUCAUACUCGUGCACAGUACCAACUAGCUCUAUGUUUACAUCAAGGUCAAGGGAUGGAGCAAAAUCUACCAGAAGCAGCAAAAUGGUACCUGAGAGCUGCAGAAGGUGGCUAUAUCCGUGCCAUGUAUAAUGCUUCAUUAUGCUACUCUUUUGGUGAAGGUUUUGUAAAGAGUCAUCGGCAAGCAAAGAAAUGGAUGAAGCGGGCUGCAGAUCGUGGUCAUAGUAAAGCUCAGCUUGAGCAUGGACUUUGUCUCUUUUCCGAGGGAGAGAUGAUGAAAGCUGUAGUUUACCUGGAACUUGCCACUCGGGCUGGCGAAACGUCUGCAGCACAUGUGAAGAGUGUUAUACUCCAGCAACUGUCUACUACUUCGCGUGAUAGGGCCAUGCUUCUUGCUGACACUUGGCGUGCUUUGCCUUCCUGCCGCUAAACCAUACAGUUGAUGGUCUUUAUACCGUAAAGGUAUCCUCUCUUCUUCUAAGCACCUGUAAAAAGUAUAGCAUGAUUCCCCCCCCCCACUUUUUUUUUUCGUUUUUUCCCUCUAUAUAUAUCUGGAAUAAUGUAAUGUACUACAUAAUUUCAGCGUGUCAACUGACCAUGUCCACGUCGCUAAUUUUCUUUAACUUCCUUACCCAGUCUAAGUGUGGUUGUUUUCAUGGA